CGACGAAUACUUUCCGACGUCUAGAGCUCAGUUAUUCUCUCUGACGGCUGGCUUGUGUGGCUCAUGCUACAGUUUUGUGACUACCAGUCUCAGAGACAAUUGUCGUGCUUUACUUUCACCUCGGAAUCUCGACGUUCUUCCUCCCUUCUACUGUAUCUCAGAUGCCAUGAAAGCAAAGGCAUGCACAACCUGUCGUCAGCGAAAACUGAAAUGUGAUGCUCCUCAAAAAUUUCCUGAAAGCUGCUCAAGAUGCAACAAGUUGAAGACAGCCUGCGUAUUCGAUGCAAACUUCAAACGAGUCUCCAGGCAGCAUCGGCUACAUCAGGUCGAACAAGAAUUGCGUAGUAUUCGACAAGCACAUGGGUCCGAAACCAAGCGCACAAUUGCAACCAAUAUUCUAAACGCAACUUUCAGCCAUGAGAGCGACGACCUGUUUGAGCCUUGUCAAAGCAACAAGCAAAUAGGCAAUGUUCAUAUGGCAGCGAAUCAAGUGACCGAUGUUUUCAGGUUGUUUUUUGAAAAGCUACAUGUAUACCUGCCUUUCCGCAUGAAUCGAUCCAUCGAAACUAUUCAUGAAGAGUGUCCGCUGUUGUUCUGGGCCAUCAUAGCGGUGACCAGUCGUGAUCAGGUCAUUUUGAAGGACCUUAUUCCUCUAGUCAAGCAAUUGGUGUCGGAAAUUACGCUCAAGGCUGCUCGCAGCGUCGAGAUUGUGCAAGCACUGCUCGUUCUUUGUAUGUGGCCAUUUCCGUAUUAUACACAAUUGGAAGAUCCAUCUUUCAUCUACAGCGGCAUAGCUACCCACAUCGGCCUUCAAACCGGCUUGCAUCGACCCGAAUAUGCGUUCGAAUUCAGCUCGAAGCGAGAUGUGCUUCGCUCCAGUAGCCAGGUACGACGAACAACUUGGAUAGCUUGCUUUAUCGUCAGUCAAAUACAAGCUUCAGCACGCGGCGUUCCUACCACUAUCCCAUUAGAUUAUAGUCUACUGGUAUCACUGGACCACGCCGACACACCAGUUUACCUCGCUCAAUUGGGCCAAAUAUCUAGGCUCACCGCUACCUUCAGUGCGACAAUUGGGUUUAAUGCCCAUAAUCUGCAUGGCUUGAUCGAUCCAUCCGAGCGAAUGAAUAUGAUCAAGCUGUACGAUCGAGAAUUCUCCUAUUUAAAAUCUAACAAGCUUCGAGAGAUGGAUCAGAGUAUGGAAGUCAUCUUUCUGGGCUCUCAGUUACAGCUCUUUAGCUUUGCACUGCAUGACGAUAUGCCUGAUUCGUUGGAUUUGAUCGAAAUUGUGCACAAAGCAGAAACAGUGGCGUGUAGGCUCAUUCAGUUGGUAUCCCAAUCCGAGUUACAGUUCGUCCCGGUCCAGUGGUCUCGCUCAGUCAUCCUUGCUGCCGUCAUGCUGCUCAAGAUUUUGAAAUCGCCACACGUCGGCGAUAGCCAUCUGAUCAACAAUCAAGUCACCUUGGCACAUCAGAUAUUUACCUUGAUCACCAAAGAUGAGGACGACGGCAGUCAAAGAUCAGAUCGAUUGCUACUACUAUUCUCUGUGCUGGAAGACAAGAAGAAAUGGCCACCGGUGCAAUGCCGACUGACGGCGUCGCUGGUGUAUGACGCCAUUCGAGUAUCCAAGGAAUAUUAUGAAGAAGUUCUAGACAACAUUGUGAACUCAAGCGACCCAUCACUCACUACUUUGGAAACACAUUCACUUGAUAAUUUUAAUCCCACAAGAUAUUGAAUUUUAACAGGAAUAAGAUUUUUACUGGAGAUGGUUUACAGUGCAAGAAACAUAUGGAUCAUAGUGUGAAAAAGAAGUCGGGAUGAGCAUUACCGAUUUCCUCAAAGCUUUUGUCUCUGUUCACGCUUGCUU